CGACUCAUCGCUUCUCGCAGGAUUCUUGCACACCACGGCACAUCCACCACAAUUCUCUUCUACUCCUUCAAUCACCUUUUAAUUCGGCUUCAUUGGAAGAUAGAGAGAUUUUCCAACCAUGCCAGGCACUCGAGGCCCGGUAGCGCUACCAUUGCGAGAUGGACCGCGCAAUAUAACGCAAGAAGUCCUAGACGUCCUCGACAAGAAAUCGUCCUUCGAAACAGGCGCCGAGUUCCCGGAUGUUCCACAAGUCGAGAUCAAGGCCGCUCUAGACAGGCUAGGGUCAAGAGACAUGGUCCAGUAUGAUACCAAUGAUACGGAGCUUGUCUUUCUCACCGAUGAGGCCAGAACCAUUUGCGCCGAAGGCAGCCCUGAGUUCAAAGUGUGGGAGGCGGUGCGAAGAAAGGGCAAAAUCACAAUCAAAGACCUCCCCAGCGAAGUGGGAGCCGAAUCCGCCAAAGUAGGCCAGGGGAACGCCUUCAGGAAUAAAUGGAUCAAGAAGGAUGGCGAGUACCUGGUCUUGGUCGCUCAGGAGGUGGAAGAUAAGGCUCGAGGGGUCCUACAACAAAUCCAAGCGACGAAAGCCUUGCACGAUGCCAAAACGCUGGCCGAUCUCAAGAAGAGAAAGCUGGUGACGGUCGGCAAAUCGAUAACAUAUACGGUUCGGAAAGGGCCGAAGUUUGCGACAGAGGUACCUGUGGAAGUCACCGACCUCACGGCAGAGAUGAUUGCAGAUGGCUCAUGGCAGUCUGCCAACUUCAAACCGUACAACUUCAAGGCGUUGGGCGCUGCACAAAACGCCGGAGCUCUACACCCCUUGAACAAAGUGAGGGCGGAAUUCCGAAACAUCUUCUUCAAUCAGGGUUUCGUAGAGAUGCCAACAAGCUGUUAUGUUGACACCGGGUUCUGGAACUUCGACGCUCUAUAUGUCCCUCAGCAGCACCCCGCCCGUGACGUCCAAGACACUUUCUUCAUCUCGGAUCCACCGACCGCUGAUCGACCGCGAGAUAACCCUGCGGCCGAAGAAGCCAUGAUUGCUAUGGAGGCGAGUGCCCGGAAGCUCUAUGAGACUCCGGAGAAACCGAAACCCAAACCCCGCGACUAUCAACAAUAUUGGGAUGACGUGCGCGCGGUCCAUGAGGACGGGAAAUUCGGCUCCAUUGGCUAUCGAUACAAGUGGUCAGAGGACGAAUGUCUACGGCUUGUGUUGCGCACCCAUACCACCGCGGUCUCCGCCUGGUGUUUGCAUCGGCUAGCUGAGGACCCUCGUCCAGCUCGUUACUUCAGUAUCGACCGAGUGUUCCGAAACGAGACGGUCGAUGCAACCCAUCUGGCAGAAUUUCACCAAGUGGAGGGUGUCAUUGCCGACUUUGGCUUGACCCUAGGUGGAUUAAUGCGCUUCCUGGAAGAUUUCUUCGGCAAAUUGGGCCUCAAGGAUCUACGAUUCAAGCCCGCCUAUAACCCCUACACCGAGCCGAGCAUGGAAAUAUUCGGAUAUCAUUUGGGUUUGAAGAAGUGGGUAGAGAUUGGCAACUCGGGCAUGUUCCGCCCGGAGAUGCUGGAGCCCAUGGGGUUGCCGAAAGAUUUGCGCGUAUACGGCUUUGGGCUGAGUUUGGAGAGGCCGACCAUGAUCCGAUAUGGCGUGUCCAACAUCAGAGACUUGCUAGGACACAAAGUCGACCUGGGCUUUGUUGAGAAUAACGCUGCCGUCCGCCUCGACAAGGUGUAAGUACUUGUGCAUGGGCUGCUCUCGGGGUCACGAAUUUCAUCCAGCGUUACAUUGUCUAUACGCGGGGAUGUUUUACCAAAAUACGAUGAGAUGAAUACAAAACUCCUGUUGAUGGAUAGUCUCACAGCUACCGGGCACAGUUCACUAUGGACGCAUUCGCUGCAGUGAUCCUUUCUGCCAUCGCUCACAUGGUUUCAAUAAGUUAAUAUUCAGAUAAUGAUCGACAUAGGGAUAGUAUGGUACGUGUCUCGCAUUAUGAAUGAUCAUCUAAACGCACCGCUAUCACUAGCAAGUCGAAUAUCU